CACACAAUCAGAGCCAUAGGUCCACAACCAAUAUCUACGGCCUAAAGCACAGGGCCACUACACGGCGUCAAGACUGGAGCUUUAAAAAGAACAACGGGGGUUUCCCGUCUAAAGCACUAAAGUCACUCAACGUCGGAUUAGCUAAGUGCAAACUGUCACUCAAGCUAAGACCACCGUUGUUGUCGCCAGCCAUCAAUCCGAACGAAAAAUCACACAAUCCGGACAAAAUGGUGCAAAACAAGAUUACCGAAGUAACGGGGUUCCAUCGCUCAUUCAAGGGUCAAAAUCCCUUCGAAUCUGACGAGUUUUCAAAAACUGGUUCCCAUCUCCUUGAAUCUGCCUUCAAUUUUGAUUGUUCCGCCCGACCUGACAUGCCGUCAAGUCAGCCAAUCGACAUCCCAGACGCAAAGAAGAGAAACAAGAAGAAAAAGAGAUGUCGGGCCACUGACAGCUUCUCAGGACGAUUUGAAGAUGUAUACAAACUACAAGAUGAAGUUCUUGGGGAAGGGGCAUAUGCAAUAGUUCAAACCUGCAUCAACCAAAUUACUCAGAAGGAAUAUGCUGUAAAGAUCAUCGAGAAGAUGCCAGGACAUAGCAGGAGUAGAGUCUUCAGGGAGGUUGAGAUGCUUUAUCAGUGCCAGGGUCACAGAAAUAUCUUGGAACUUGUGGAAUUCUUUGAGGAGGAGGACAAGUUUUAUCUCGUGUUUGAAAAACUCAGAGGGGGUUCUAUCUUGACCCAUAUUCACAAAAGAAGGCACUUCAGCGAACAGGAAGCCAGCAUUGUGGUGCAGGACAUUGCUAGUGCUCUGGACUUCCUACACAAUAAAGGUAUGGCCCAUAGGGACCUUAAACCCGAGAACAUAUUAUGUGAACAUGAGCAUAAGAUCUCACCUGUUAAAAUCUGCGAUUUUGACCUGGGUAGUGGAAUCAAGCUCAACAGUGACAGUUCACCCAUCUCCACUCCUGAACUCCUCACUCCUUGCGGUUCCGCAGAGUACAUGGCACCCGAGGUGGUGGAGGCGUUCAACGAGGAGGCCAGCAUAUACGACAAACGCUGCGACCUGUGGAGCCUGGGAGUGAUCCUGUACAUCAUGCUGAGCGGUUACCCUCCUUUCGUGGGCCGCUGUGGAAGCGACUGUGGCUGGGAGCUGGGGGAGCCCUGCCACGCAUGUCAGAACACAUUGUUCGAGAGUAUCCAGGAAGGGAAGUAUGAAUUCCCUGAGAAAGAAUGGGCUCAUAUUUCCCCCGGUGCCAAAGACCUCAUCUCCAAACUGCUGGUUCGGGACGCCAAGAGUCGACUGAGUGCCGCUCAGGUUCUGCAGCACCCUUGGGUACAAGGGGGAGCUCCUGACGCUCUUCCAUCAUCAAACCUACUUCAGAGGAACAGCAGUGCCAAGGACCUGACGUUCUUUGCGGGGAAGGCUGUGGCCGUGAACAGGCAGCUGGCCGAACAAGACGACAUUGAGGAGCAGCAGCAGCAGGAAAUGGCCCACGUCGUCGCCGCAAGCGCCUCUUCCAUGCGCCUCUCUCCUCCUUCCAACUCCAAACUGGCCAAACGCAGGCAGAAGAGCAGCCUCCUGAAGGGGGCUCCCGUUUCCGCCUCCGAACUCCGGCAGCUCCUGGCUCCGCUGGUCAUCGUGGGAGAUUGUGCCUGACUUCCUCUGUAAAAACAAAAAAAAAAAACGCCUCAGAUCUCUGGACAAACAUUCUGUCUCUGCUGCCGCAACCGACGCAAACCUAGCCGCCCCCCCC